ACCACGAGACAAUCGGAUAAUGUUCCGGAGGGUAGGAUAUUGCUGCUCAGGGCAGUAAAAAACCACGUCGUUUUUGUGUUUCGUCGUCUUCUUCUUCUGUGCCAGACCAAUAAACAGCGCGAUAUUUCGCUUGGAAGCUGGAGCAGAAAAUUUGUAACGAUUCGGAAUCCUCGUUUGGUUUCCGACUCGGCCGAGAUUUUUUUUCUUUUUUUGGUUCCAAAAAUGGAGAAUUACAAGCCGUUGUCUUACGAAGAAGAAAGCCAGCUGCCGGAGAAGAGGAUAAUCGAUCACGUUAAGCCCACGCGGGUCGCUUCUCUCGAUGUUUUCCGUGGUCUCUGCGUCUUUCUGAUGAUGGUGGCUGAUUAUGGCGGCUCGAUUAGUCCGUUAAUUGCUCAUUCGCCGUGGAACGGUGUUCAUUUGGCCGAUUUUGUGAUGCCGUUUUUCCUCUUCAUCGCCGGAAUAUCGCCGGCACUUGUCUACAAGAAAGUGCCUAACCGAAUAGAAGCUACAUGGAAAGCAGUGUUAAGGGCAGGGAAACUUUUUCUUCUAGGUGUUCUUCUUCAAGGGGGUUAUUUCCAUGGAGUAACUUCCCUGACAUAUGGUGUUGACAUCAAAAGAAUACGCUGGCUUGGCAUUUUACAGAGGAUCUCUAUUGGAUACAUUGUUGCUGCUUUAUGUGAAAUCUGGCUUUCACGUCGAACAAGGAGAGAAGUAGGACUUUUCAAGGGUUAUUACUGGCAUUGGUGUAUUGUGUUUGCACUAUCAGCAAUAUAUGCGGGAUUAUUAUACGGUCUAUAUGUUCCAGAUUGGCAAUUCAAUGCAUCACCUGCAAUCUCUGAGCUCCCUUCAAAUGCUAGUUAUUCUUACAAGGUGAAAUGCUCUGUCAGAGGAGAUCUUGGACCUGCCUGUAGUUCUGCUGGAAUGAUUGAUCGUUAUGUUCUUGGUGUUGAUCAUCUGUAUGCAAAACCUGUGUACAGAAACUUGAAGGAAUGCAAUAUAUCUUCCAAUGGCCAAGUUCCCAAGAGUUCACCUGCAUGGUGUCAUGCUCCUUUUGAUCCUGAAGGUAUUUUAAGACGGUGUGAAUGUUUGAACAUCUGUAAUGAAAGCAUAUUGACUCUUAACUGCAUUUAUGGCUCUCUAACUGCUGGAAUAACCUGCAUAAUUGGACUUCAAUAUGGUCAUAUCCUCGCUCACUUACAGGAUCAUAAAAGGCGGCUUCAUAAUUGGUCUGUGUUUUCAGUUUCAAUUUUUAUUCUUGGGCUGUUUCUAGCCUUCGUAGGAAUCCCUGUAAAUAAAUCUCUGUAUACUAUCAGUUAUAUGCUAAUUACAUCUGCAUCUGCGGGAAUCACUUUCUGCGCAUUAUAUUUACUGGUGGAUUUCUAUGGUUUAAGGCGUUUGACAUCGGUGCUAGAAUGGAUGGGAGUUCAUGCCUUAUCAAUUUUUGUUCUCAUUACUUCUAACCUAGCCAUUAUUGUAAUUCAGGGAUUUUACUGGCGUCAUCCUGAAAAUAACAUUAUUCACUGGAUCAUAACAUGUUUUGUGCACAAGUGACAUGGUUGCUUAAGCUUUCCAUGCAAGAGUUUUCAAAGCAGGUUUCUUUGAUUCAGUAAACCCGGUCAGAAUUUUGCUAAUUGAUCUUCCCAUAGUUAAAAAUCUUCACUUUGCAAGAGAAAUCCCGGAGUUGGGACUUUCAUUUAGCGCAUGAAUCAUGAAGAGUGUGAAAGAGGAGGGGAAAACUAUUAUUGCAAGCUAGACAAAUCCAAUCUCUCUUGCUGGUAAUCUUCACAAAACCACAGGCUUGUUAUUUAUGCUAUAAUAUUUUUUUUACCAUAUAGCUUGCCUCACUAACCACGUAGAAAAGCCAUCUUCUACUUUAGACUAUAAAAAAUGUAACCAGACAUUUGGGAACAGAGCAUUAUUCAUUAUAUUUAGAUGCUUCAAUUCAAAUGUACGAUGAUUAAAAGCUA